AUGUCUAGAUCUGGUGUUGCAGUUGCAGAUGAAUCUUUAAAUGCGUUUAAUGACUUGAAGUUGGGCAAGAAGUACAAAUUUGUCUUGUUUGGGUUGAAUGCAGACAAGACGGAGAUUGUUGUGAAGGAGACAUCUAAUGAGAGUGAUUACGAUGUGUUUUUGGAGAAGUUGCCAGAGGAAGACUGUUUGUAUGCUGUUUACGAUUUCGAGUAUGAAAUCAGUGGUGCAGAGGGCAAGCGGUCUAAGAUUGUGUUUUACACUUGGUCUCCAGAUACUGCACCCAUCAGGUCCAAGAUGGUUUAUGCUUCUUCGAAGGAUGCCUUGAGAAGAGCCCUAAACGGUGUUUCAUGUGAUAUUCAGGGCACUGAUUUCUCUGAAGUUGCAUACGAGUCUGUAUUGGAGAAGGUUAGCAGAGGAGCAGGGUCCCACUAA